AUUUGAACAAACUGUGAUGAAAUCAAGCUCUGGACAAAUCAGAUGAGCCUGUCAACUUCCCAGGUGGGAUUGCUUGUAGUUAAUAGACUGAACGCGGAGCCCCAAAGCAGUGCAUUCCAUGUAGGCAGAGAACACGCUGCAGAAAGCUUUCCAAGAAUCCUGACAUGGCAAGAAGAGGCUCCUUCCAGUCCUACCAGGUAAUAUCCUUGUUCACUUUUGCCAUUGGUGUUAAUAUCUGCUUUGGAUUCACGGCGAGUCGAAUUAAGAGGGCAGAAGGAUGGGAUGAAGGCCCUCCCACAGUAUUGUCAGACUCUCCCUGGACCAACACCUCUGGAUCUUGCAAGGGAAGAUGCUUUGAACUUCAAGAGGUUGGACCUCCUGAUUGUCGGUGUGACAACUUGUGUAAGAGUUACAGCAGUUGCUGUCAUGAUUUUGAUGAGCUCUGUUUGAAGACAGCUCGGGGCUGGGAGUGUACUAAGGACAGAUGUGGAGAAGUCCGAAAUGAGGAAAACGCCUGUCACUGCUCAGAGGACUGCCUGCUCAGGGGAGACUGCUGUACUAAUUACCAAGUAGUUUGCAAAGGAGAAUCACAUUGGGUAGAUGAUGACUGUGAAGAAAUAAAGGCCCCAGAAUGUCCUGCAGGGUUUGUUCGUCCUCCAUUAAUCAUAUUCUCUGUGGAUGGCUUCCGUGCAUCCUACAUGAAGAAAGGGAGCAAGGUCAUGCCUAACAUCGAAAAACUAAGGUCCUGUGGGACACAUUCUCCCUACAUGAGGCCUGUGUACCCAACAAAAACCUUCCCUAACUUAUACACUUUGGCCACCGGUCUGUAUCCAGAAUCUCAUGGAAUUGUUGGCAAUUCAAUGUAUGAUCCUGUAUUUGAUGCCACUUUCCAUCUUCGAGGACGAGAGAAAUUUAAUCAUAGAUGGUGGGGAGGUCAACCACUAUGGAUUACAGCCACCAAGCAAGGGGUGAGAGCUGGAACAUUCUUUUGGUCUGUGGCCAUCCCGCAUGAGCGGAGAAUAUUGACCAUCCUGCAGUGGCUCACGCUGCCAGAUGACGAGAGGCCUUCAGUGUAUGCCUUCUACUCUGAACAACCUGAUUUCUCUGGACACAAAUACGGCCCUUUUGGCCCAGAGAUGACAAAUCCUCUGAGGGAAAUUGACAAAACUGUGGGGCAGUUAAUGGAUGGACUGAAACAGCUCAAGCUGCACCGGUGUGUAAAUGUCAUCUUUGUUGGAGAUCACGGUAUGGAAGAUGUUACAUGUGAUAGAACUGAGUUUCUGAGCAAUUACCUGACCAACGUGGACGAUAUUACUUUAGUGCCUGGAACUCUAGGAAGAAUUCGAUCCAAAUUUAGCAACAAUGCUAAAUAUGACCCCAAAGUCAUUAUCGCUAACCUCACGUGUAAAAAACCAGAUCAGCACUUUAAGCCUUACAUGAAACAGCACCUUCCCAAACGCUUGCAUUAUGCCAACAACAGAAGAAUUGAGGAUAUCCAUCUGUUGGUGGACCGCAGAUGGCAUGUUGCAAGGAAACCUUUGGAUGUUUAUAAGAAACCAUCAGGAAAAUGUUUUUUCCAGGGGGACCAUGGAUUUGAUAACAAAGUCAACAGCAUGCAGACUGUUUUUGUAGGUUAUGGCCCAACAUUUAAGUACAAGACUAAAGUGCCUCCAUUUGAAAACAUUGAACUUUACAAUGUUAUGUGUGAUCUCCUGGGAUUGAAGCCAGCUCCUAACAAUGGAACCCAUGGGAGUUUGAAUCACCUCCUGCGUGUUAACACCUUUAGGCCAACCAUGCCAGAGGAAGUUACCAGACCGAAUUAUCCAGGGAUUAUGUACCUUCAGUCUGAUUUUGACCUGGGCUGCACCUGUGAUGAUAAGGUAGAGCCAAAGAACAAGCUGGAUGAACUCAAUAAACGCCUUCAUACAAAAGGGUCCACGGAAGCUGAAACCAGGAAAUUCAGAGGCAGCAAAAAUGAAAACAAGGAAAACGUUAAUGGAAAUUUUGAACCUAGAAAAGAGAGACAUCUCCUCUAUGGGCGACCUGCAGUGCUUUAUCGAACUAGAUAUAAUAUCUUAUAUCACACUGACUUUGAAAGCGGUUAUAGUGAAAUAUUCCUAAUGCCACUCUGGACAUCAUACACUGUUUCCAAACAGGCUGAGGUCUCUGGCAUUCCUGAGCAUCUGACCAAUUGUGUCCGCCCCGAUGUCCGUGUUUCUCCGGGCUUCAGUCAGAAUUGCUUGGCCUACAAGAACGAUAAGCAGAUGUCCUACGGAUUCCUCUUUCCUCCCUAUCUGAGCUCUUCAUCGGAAGCUAAAUAUGAUGCAUUCCUUGUAACCAAUAUGGUCCCAAUGUAUCCUGCUUUCAAAAGGGUCUGGAAUUAUUUCCAAAGGGUAUUGGUGAAGAAAUAUGCCUCAGAAAGAAAUGGAGUAAAUGUGAUAAGUGGACCAAUUUUUGACUAUGACUUUGAUGGCUUACAUGAUACAGAAGACAAAAUCAAACAGUAUGUGGAAGGCAGUUCCAUUCCUGUUCCAACUCACUACUACAGUAUCAUCACUAGCUGCCUGGAUUUCACUCAGCCGGCUGACAAGUGCGAUGGCCCCCUCUCUGUCUCCUCGUUCAUCCUUCCUCACAGACCAGACAAUGAUGAGAGCUGUAAUAGCUCAGAAGACGAGUCAAAAUGGGUAGAAGAACUCAUAAAGAUGCACACAGCGCGGGUGCGGGACAUUGAACAUCUCACCAGUCUGGAUUUCUUCAGAAAGACCAGUCGCAGCUACCCUGAAAUUCUGACACUUAAGACAUACCUGCAUACAUAUGAGAGUGAGAUUUAACUUCCUGAGCAUCUGCAGUACAGUCUUAUCAACUGGUGUAUAUUUUUAUAUUGUGUUUAUAUUUAUUAAUUUGAAACCAGGACAUUAAAAAAACUUAGUAUUUUAAUCCUGUACCAAAUCUGACAUAUUAAGAGUGAAUGACUCCACUGUUUUUUGCUAAUGCUUGAUUUAGGUAGUCUUGUGUUCCGAGUAGAGCUUGUAAUAAAUACUGCAGCUUGAGUUUUUAGUGGAAGCUUCUAAAUGGUGCUGCAGAUUUGAUAUUUGCAUUGAGGAAAUAUUAAUUUUCCAAUGCAUAGUUGCCACAUUUAGUCCUGUACUGUAUCAAAAUUCUGAUUUUGUAAAGUUGCAUUCAUUUGCUGUUAACUAUGACAGACAUAUUUAAGCCUUAUAGACCAAUCCUAAAUAUAAUAAAUCACACAUUCAGUUUUUCCUGGA